UUCCUGAGCUCACCAGGGAGAAGGGAGAAGCUCCAUUUGGCACGAAAUUGUACAAAAAGUCUUUGUAGUCCCAAAGAAAAACUUUUAUUUCCACUAUUUUUCCCCAGUCUCAUCCCAAAAUGCUGUUUCCCAAUCCCAGAGUGUGGGCUGAGCAGAGCUCAGGGAUGUCUGGCAACCCCCAGGGAAGCAGCCAAAGAUUAAAGUGUCCAAAAAGAGAAGAAAACAAUGUAUUUUAAAGUGCAGGAGCUGCUGUGUCCUAGAAGAUCCUUGGUCAAGAGAAAAGAAGGGACAACAAAAACCAUCUGCAUCCAGCAGCAAGUUUUAGGAGCUGCACAGGACAAGUGGUGGAAGAUCUCCAGAUCCUGGAAAGGAUCCAGUGGAAUCCAGUGCUGCCUUUGGCACCUCGCACUGGGAACCCAGAACAAGCAGCCCUUGCUCUCAGGAGCUGCCCAGCAGAAUCCAGGAUCCAGAAUUUGUUCUCCUGGGAACACAGAACAAGCAGCCCUUGCUCUCAGGAGCUGCCCAGCAGAAUCCAGGAUCCAGAAUUUGUUCUCCUGGGGACCCAGAACAAGCAGCCCUUGCUCUCAGGAGCUGCCCAGCAGAAUCCAGGAUCCAGAAUUUGUUCUCCUGGGGACCCAGAACAAGCAGCCCUUGCUCUCAGGAGCUGCCCAGCAGAAUCCAGGAUCCAGAAUUUGUUCUCCUGGGGACCCAGAACAAGCAGCCCUUGCUCUCAGGAGCUGCCCAGCAGAAUCCAGGAUCCAGAAUUUGUUCUCCUGGGAACACAGAACAAGCAGCCCUUGCUCUCAGGAGCUGCCCAGCAGCAGGAGCACAGGGCUGGAUUUAAAUCCCACCCUUCGGCUCUCCAGGAAGGUGAUGCAUUCCUUCCAGGAUCUACAGCCUGGGACAAACAUUCCCCAGAAGUUUUUGCCUGAUCCUGUACUUUCAGAAAGUGAACGAGCUGUAAAAAACACCCCCAAACCUGGAGGAGGAGGACUGUACCCCCAGCACCACCUCGAGCAUCCCCAGCAAGCUCCCCAUGACGGGAAGGCUCUGUCCCCGUAGCUGCUCCUCCCUGGGACUCCUGUUCCGUUCUGCCACCUCAAUUCCAUGGGAUUUUUGGA